CUGAGUUUAGGUGAAUGAGUCAAGGCAGAAAAGGCUGCAGACUCAGCCAUGAUGCGGCUAUGAUAUUUCUUCGGCAUCCAUGGGCAUUCUGCAGUGUUUGCGUUGUUUUUGUGUGUUGUUUCGCGUGGAUUUCUUGUCGUGGUGAUAACUUUGUUCUGUACCCUAAUCACCCACCGCUAUUUUCUGAUGAAGCCACCCACGUCCAUGAGAUCUCUAAUGGCUCACUUCAGGUGUUAUCCAGCUUUCUCCACAACAGCCCCCUCAACUUUGUGUUCUUCUAUGCUCCGUGGUGUGGACAGUCAAGACGGGCAGUGGAGGAGUUCAACAUUGCCGCAAGUCUUUUGUAUGGGAAGGUGACAUUUAUUGCCAUUAACUGCUGGGCUGGCAGUUGCCGUGAGAAGUACACCCUUGACUCUUUUCCCAAGUUCUUUGUGUACCACUCCAAAUUCCCUGGCCUUCAGUACCCCCCACCUGUCCACUAUCACUUUGAUCAUAUGGUACAAUUCUUGCAAGGAGUUGUGCGACCAUUUACAUAUAUUGGUAGAGAGAGUGAUUUUAAAGUACUGGUGGAUCAGGAGCCUGAGGUGGUGAUAAGCUUCUUCAAGCCACAUGAGCUGUCAAGCAAAAAGUACUUCAGAUUUUUCACAGUGGCCUUACAACAUUACGGACACAUUUCUAGUCCAAGAUUUGCAGUUGUCACCAGCGAGGAGGUGGCUAAAACUAUAGGCCUGCAUUCCUCUGGAAAUGUCUUGUUCUGUCGUGCAUUUAAACCUCCUUUGGUUUAUCACCCCUCUAAAGGCAUCACAUCAUGCAACAUCACGACAUGGAUUGCUACAAACAGACGGCAGAUUGUGACACAGUUGACUCCAAAUGCCACGAACCAUGCUGCUCUGGCGUCCAGGCUCAGCAAGAAAGCUGCAGUUAUCCUCUUUGUCCCCCUCAGAAGGAAAGACGUAUCGACUCCUCUGCUGAGACUGUUCACAAAAGCUUCUCUCGCCUACCACAACUGCAGUUGUAACAAGACCACAUCAACAAACACCACUCUUCAUGAUAAGCAUAAAGAAUUGGAGUCCUUGGGAACAGCCAUUCAUAAAAUCGCAGCCAAGCCCCAGCAGAGCAUCUGCCGAUCUCUACAAGUCCAGACAGUCAUCAACGCACACCACACAGUACGCAAUGUGUGUGACAUCUGUCAUCGCUGCAGAAAAGGCUGCUCGGGUAACCAUGACAACAGGUUUGGUGCCAUCCAGGCCAGGCUGCUCGGCGGUCUAGCACCCAGGCCAUGCAGCACGGUUUUGACCAGCUACAACCCGAGUAGCCUUGUAACGAGUGUAUGCUGCAAGAGGGUUGACCCCAAGACGGAAGUCGUCCGUAAAGGGAGCUUGUUUGAUUAUGAGAACAAACUCAGCAGUCUUAUUGAUAGUAUUUUUGAUAAUAUCGUGGCAUUAAAAGGCAUGUCUCAAAAGAACGACCACUUGAAUGUUGAGAGUAUUAAAGCCAUGCUUAGCGACGAAACAAAGCGAUUAACAGAGCUGGCGAGCAAGGAAGACCAAGCCAAGCCGAAACCCACUGCAGAAGUCCACGCCCCCACACCAGGAAAUGUCACGGCUGGUAACGUCACAGAUGAUGACGCAACAGAUGGCUGCAAUAGGACGGGUCAUGUGACGCGGUUUCUAGGUGCUCAUUGCCAUAGCAAUAAGUCAGUGAAUUUCUUCUAUAUGGAUUCUGAAGAGUAUGGUAUAAUUGCUGAGAGACUGGGUGUUCGCUGGGGCGCUGACAGGGUUGCGCUAGUCAUCGUGGAUGUCAAGAAUGAAGCACAGUACGUAUUUGAUGAAAGCCGUCAAAUCACAAAUGACAGUUUAGUUGAUUUUGUAAUGAAAUCCAUGACGUCCAAGCUAGAACGUCGGCUACGAAUACCCCCACCCUCGGGGAUAUCCUGUUCAAGAGAAAUUGUAUGUGUCACAGAGGUCACGACAGACAGCUUUGAUGACAUUGUUAUCAACAAUGAUCAGGAUGUGCUUCUUGUAUUCUACACGCCAUGGUGCGGAAUGUGCAUCAACUUCGCACCAGUUCUUCUGGCCGUGGCGCGCUUUUUCCAGGACAUCAGUCAAGUCAGCGUUACUAGAAUCGACGCGGAUCAGAACGAUCUCCCGUGGAAUCUGACGGUGUCUUCAUAUCCCUCCAUCAUCCUCUUCCCAGCAGGAAGGAAAGACUCCUCCAUCGCUUUCCCGUCAAACACCCCACGUACAGCAACUCGGCUGAUCGAGUUCAUAGAAGAACACGGAAGCGAGGCUCUGCGUGUAGCCUUAUAUGGGCGAACGGAUGGCUUUAACGUUUCAGAGGCCCUCAUAGCGAGGGUAGGGGAGCUAGAGUCCAGGCUCCAAAGAGUUGAGCAGGAGAAGAAACUCCUGGAAACUAGGCUGGAGGCGGUAAUGAUGGAAAAGGCUCUGGCGGCGUUCCAGAGUGCAAGAGCCAUAAAAGGAAUGCGUGACUCCCAAUUAGAGUCCGCCAGGGAGCACGAGGCCCGAGUCACCGCCGAACGACUCUUUCGGGAAUCGGAGAAAUCCCGAGCGGCUUCCGAAGAGAAACUUUUUAAAUUAGCACUUUAUAAUAACCAAUUGGAACAAGCGUUGAGACAAAAAUUAUCCGAACUUGAAAAAAAUGAAGAGAGCUUGGUAAAACUUGCUUCCGAGGCGAAAAAAGUUCUCUCUGAGAAACAAGAACUCUCUAUUCUAAUUAAUGGUAUUUCGAAGAAACUAAAUAAUCUCAAAGAGAUUACGUCUCAUUUCGAGAAACGGGAAUUGUUUCUUACUCAAAAAGUACUGCGCCUUGAAAGAGCUUCUCGAAUACUCACUCUGAGAGCCGUAGAUUAUAUAGGUAGGUCUUCUAAGACCGAUGAAGAAAUAGUCGAGCUUAGGCGUCAAAGAAAUCUGCUGACACAGCUAGUCAAGGAUGCAGAACAAACGGUCAGCGGUCUGCAAGCCUCGUUAUCAUCCACCAGAAAAGUACUGGAUGACGUCACAGUAGAGAGGAAUAACGCGGUGGAGACUGGGGCCGAGGUAAAACGUCAGCUCGAGGAAAUGAGGCAGAGAUAUGAGGAGCUCGAACAAAUUCUUAGAAACAGUCAGAUUCCAAGAAAGAAGCCAGCCAGUUGAAGGAUGAUAGAUCUCACUCCACGAUAUCCGAACAUAACUCUAUUUUUCUAGCGGUUUCGACCGUUUGCUACCCGGGUCUUCAGCUUCACUCGUUAAUGACGAAACAGAAGUGAGAAUCAAUCUUGCACAAUUGCAAGAAAAUCGAGCAGGUUACCUUAUCAUGCGCGUGCCAUUAGGCUUGCGAGAUAUGACUCUAAUAAUGCUUUAGCCAGUCAAAACUUCAUCUUUAACGAGUGGUAUUUUAAAUCAGGAACCCUAAGUACGGUGCUGGUCUUGUCAUUACCAGCUUAAUACACUCUUUUUUUCUAAUAUAUAUAUAUAUUUUUUUUCUUAUAAGAACGUACAAGCCUUAAAUAACCCAGCCUCAGUGACAACUUUUUUCUCAAUGCUCACCCACAGUAGUUUUUUUAACGGAAUAUGCUGUUAAAAGCAAUGUCCAAAUAAGAAUAGCCUCUAUAGCGUCGAAGUUAUUUUUGCCCAUGAGAUUUUAAGGCAUUUUUUUUUUUUUUUUUUUUUAGCACCAUAUUAAUUUAAAGUUGUUCUUAUAAAAAGGGUUUAUACCAGCCCUCAUGCAGCUCUAAGAUAAGGUCGCUUACUUUCCAAAUCCCUAUAAUAAUCACCACUGCAAUGCUUUACAAAUAUUCACCCAACUUAUUGCUCCAAUUUGUGGAUGUUAUGACAUUUAUUAAAGGCACAGUUCCCGCGGGUGUGGGAUGAGGAGUAUUCGGUGUUAGCUUGUUCGGGGCUCUGACAGUCACCAUUUUACCACCCCAGCAGCUAUAGAGCUAAUAAUAAAACAUCCUUUUCCAUCGGCGUAUCUGCAAUCCAUUUGGCACUCUUUAACAAUUGAACUUGGUACGCUAAAGAUAAAGCUAUGUUUUGGGAUGGUUAUUUUCUAAUUUCAUCUGCAAAUAAUGCAACGGGAAACAAGAAAAUAGGAGAGGCUGAUAGAAUCCCUUUAAAGUACACCUGCUCCCUGUGUUCAUACCCAACUGUUAUAUCUAGCCCAAACUCCUUGUGUUGUGAGAAACAGCUUAGCGCAUCUGUAAGCAGAUCUGAUGUUACAAGCGUGAUGAGCAAGUAGACGCCAACACUAGUCUUUUACGGCUUAAGGCUACGAUUCCAACCGAUCAAACAGCGUUUAACUCGCAAUUGCCAAGCUUGUUGAGGAUUCAAGGGAGGGAGAGGAAAGAUAGAUGUAUCUAAUCAAGACCGCGGUGGUAGAGAGCCCGAUGCCUCGCUGAGAUCCGAGACCGUUCUCUUUUUACGACGGAAAAACUUCAGGGCUGUUUCACGCUAGAAGUUCCUCAUUCUCUUGUGCAAAGGCAAUGAUGAAUUUUUCCCGAACCGCAUUUUCGAACCCAAAACAGUACGCUAGAGAGCAGACACCGUAAUGGAACGGGGAAAAAAUCCAUUCGCCUGCGAACUGG